AUGUUCACAGAGAAUACGAUUGUACUUGUUCUUGAUGAUGAUGUUCCAUUGGAUGUUCGUAUUGAGCAGCAUAAAGCCAUAUUGGAAGAGGGUGUGCUCGAUCCAAAAUGGACCAUUUUAGCGAUAUUCCCAUCCCCAAUGCUCUACGCUGGACCAACUGAGGUGCAAUGGCAUGCACGUGCACGAUUAGCGUGUGGAGUAACGACGUAUAUCGUGGGACGUGAUCCGGCCGGAAUACAACAUCCGGACACUGGUGAUUACCUCUACGAUCCCACUCAUGGAUCAAAG